CUUCUACAGUAAGAGCUCACAGGCCCAACCAAAGGACCAUUGAAUCCCAUAUAUAUUGAAGAUAUACAGGAUACAUAUAUAAACAUACAAAUAUUUACUGUCAGAGAUAAAGAGAGAGAGAGAGAGAUGGGAGAGCUUGUGUUUACAGAAAAGCAAGAAGCUUUAGUGAAGGAGUCUUGGGAGAUACUGAAACAAGACAUCCCCAAAUACAGCCUUCACUUCUUCUCACAGAUACUGGAGAUAGCACCAGCAGCAAAGGGCUUGUUCUCUUUUCUAAGAGACUCAGAUGAAGUCCCUCAAAACAAUCCUAAACUCAAAGCUCAUGCUGUUAAAGUCUUCAAGAUGACAUGUGAAACUGCAAUACAGCUGAGAGAGAAAGGAAAGGUGGUGGUGGCUGAUACAACCCUCCAAUACUUGGGCUCUAUUCAUCGCAAAAGCGGCGUUAUUGAUCCUCACUUCGAGGUGGUAAAAGAAGCUUUGCUAAGGACAUUAAAAGAAGGGCUGGGGGAGAGAUACAACGAAGAAGUGGAAGGAGCUUGGUCUGAAGCUUAUGACCACUUGGCUAUAGCCAUUAAGACCGAGAUGAAACACGAAGAGUCAUAAAACCCUAAAGAUCAUUUGGGUUUCACAUACAUGUAUAUGUGAUAUAUUAAGCAUAUACAUAUGUUUCUGUACAUGUAUGUACUAUGUUGCUCUUUGACUUUCUAUAGAUCCUUCCUUUUGAAGAAGGACCUUGAGUUGAGCUAUCGUUGGGGAGAUACAUGAUGCUGUAGCAUUUCUUGAACAAUGAUAUUUGUGAGACAAUAAUCAUGGUUUGAAGUAUCUUUUACU